UUUUUCAAUAACGCCUUGUGCCAACGAAAUGUUUGUCAAUUCCGAAGCUCGGGCAUGGACAUGCUCUUCUGCAAUUGAUGCUAAAAUUGAUACAUUUCACUGCAACCUACCAGGGUAUUCACAGACUCCACUUCUUGACUGUAGCUCAAUUUCAGCAGAGUUGAGCCUGAAGAACGUCUUUCUCAAAGAUGAAUCAGCCCGUAUGGGCCUUCCAGCAUUCAAAAUCCUGGGCGCAUCGUGGGCAACAUACAAGGCCAUUACAAAGCUGCUUCAGCUUCCGACAACGGUCAAUGUCCAGACGGUCAUCAAGGGUAUUGCUGAGAAACAUCAAGGCUUGACCCUCUUCGCAGCAACCGAGGGAAAUCAUGGUCGAGCAGUGGCUAAAAUGGCAACGCUGCUGGGAAUAGCAUCGCAGAUCUUUGUUCCCCAGUAUCUGAACAAAUCGACGCGCGAUUUGAUUGAGAAGGAGGGGGCAUGCGUAGUGGAAGUUCUAGGAGACUAUAAUGAGGCUGUUGUCAGGGCAAAAGACACAGCACAUGAGCUUGGAAUUGAUGGCUUGUUGAUCCAGGAUACUGCAUUUGACGGCUAUGAAGAUAUUUCGCAGUGGAUCGUAGACGGUUAUUCAACAAUGAUGAAGGAAGCCGACUCACAGAUCUAUAAUAUCACACAAACUCGACCAGAUGUUAUCGUGGUGCCUGUUGGUGUCGGUUCUCUAGCUCAGUCGGUCGUCACCCACUACAAGUCCCAAGGCCAUCCUUGCACCAUUAUAGCAGUUGAGCCAGAACCAGCAAAUUGUCUACAGAUGAGCCUGAAGUCUGACACGUUAACCUCGGUCUCGACUGAAGAUACGAUCAUGUGUGGUCUGAACUGUGGCACUGUGUCUUCAAUCGCUUGGCCUAUCCUUCAGAAAGGGGUUGACGUGAGCGUUUACGUCACAGAUGCUGAAGCUCAUGAGUCUCUUGUCCAGCUCAAAGAAUGUCAAGCAGUGAUUGGGCCAUGUGCAGCAGCUACUUUGGCAGCAUUGAAGAAAGUAGUCAGAGGGCCUGGAUUGGACAAAAACGCCGUCGUAUUGCUUCUUGGUACAGAGGGUAUACGAGAUUACGAAGUUCCAACUUACUGAGAAUAUUUACAUCAAAUGGUUGAUUACUACUCAAACUUCUCUCUCCUCAUCUGCCGAGGAUUUACAUGCCAGAAAUUCUGGAGGUGAUGGCAGGAUUGAAAGUGCGGG